CAUUUUAAUUAUCAAUUUCUUUUAUAAAUAACUGCUUAUGUUCAACAACCAAAAUGCUACCUAAGCACGUUGUAAAAUUAAUAGAGGAAACCACACAAGAGUUGGGUCUAAAAAAAUGGGAAUAUUACAUAGAACCAGGUUCUAAGAAAGGUGACAAUUAUAUAGGACUGAUUUAUAGAGUCAUUGUCACAGGAUUAAACUUUAAAGGAGCCACCGUCAAAUUGUCCCUGAUAGCAAAGCUAGCCCCUGAAAAUGAAAUAAGGCGGGAAAAAUAUCAAGUCGAGGACUGCUUCGCUAGAGAGAAACUGACCUACGAAUCUGUACUACCCGAAAUGACAAAAAUUCAAAAGCAACAAAAUAUAUCUUCUGAUGACAGAUUCAUUUCUGAUAUGAAGUGUUACAGAAUUUCUACAGAAAAAGGUAAAGAGUGCAUACUAAUGGAAGAUAUUACUACAAAAGGUUAUCAAAUGUGGGACAGAAACAAGCCUUUAGAUUUGGAUCAUGCCGUAUUAGCAAUGCAACAACUAGGAAAAUUUCAUGCUAUAUCUUUUGCUCUGAAGGAUCAAAAACCAGAAUUGUUUAAGAAAUUUAGCAAUUUAGAAGACGUCGUUUUUAGCAAUGAGGAAUAUUUCACGGAUUUAAUACCCUACUUUAAUUUAUUUAUUGAUAAAGCCAUUGACACUUUAGAUGAUAAUGAAAUUGGAGCACGAGAUAAAAUGCAAGAAUUUAAAAAACAUUUUAUGAAAAUUAUGUUCGAUGGCGUAAAAGCAUCCCUUGCUGAACCUUAUGCAGUGGUGUGUCACGGUGAUUGUUGGACUAAUAACAUGAUGUUUAAAUAUGAGAAUGGAAAACCCAGUUCAUUAAUAUUGUUGGAUUGGCAAAUCACCAGAUAUAGUAGCCCAGUAACGGACAUAACAUAUAUGUUGUUUUGUUGUACUGAUAAAUAUCUUCGAGAUCAACAUUAUGAAAACUUAAUGAGAAUUUAUCAUAAAUCACUAUGUUCUCAUCUAGAAGCUUUGGGAAGCGAUAGCAACAAAUUAUUUACGUACGAAGCAUUGCAGGAACAACUUAAAACAUUUAGCAAAUAUAGCUUAGGAAUGGCUAUAUAUGAUUUACCGAAUAUGAUAGCAAAUGCUGAAGACAUCAAAGAUUUAGAUGAAAUGGCAGAAUCAUUGGAUAAUAAUGACACACUGACAAUGGAGUCAUUUGAUUCACUCAAUGAAAAAACUGAACCACUAUACAAAGCAAGAAUGCAUGAUGUAAUAAUCGAUUGCAUAAAAUUUAACUAUUUAUAGUUUCCAUUGCAUGUAUGCUAUACGUAUAUUUAAAAUAUGUGUUCACUUCCCUUACGUAAGGAAACUAAUAUGCACUGAAAACAACACAUUCCAAUGGUAGGUUAGUAUAAUAUAAAAUAUUUUGAUAAUUGAAAAUGUUAGUUUUGUUAUAUAGAAGAUAAACAUAAAAUUUUAUUAGCUAGUUCACGUUCAUCAAGUAUUAAAUAAAACCACAUACUAAUGUAUUUAAUUCUAGAUUUUUUUUAAAUAGUUAGUGAAUUACAAAUAAUUUUUGGUAAAUGCAAAUUUCAUGCUUAA